AUGGUUGAAAAAAUUGAAGAUAGUCUUAAAAUAUGUACAGUAUGUGCCUCUAACAAUAACCGUUCUAUGGAAUCUCAUAAGCAACUUCGAGACGCCGGAUUCGAUGUCCAAUCGUUUGGAACUGGUUCUGCUGUUAGACUUCCGGGACCUCUGAUUGACAAGCCCAAUGUUUACGAGUUUGGGACACCCUAUGAAGAAAUCUAUCAAGACUUAACCUCUCAAGAUUGCCGUAAGAUGUAUGAAUCUAAUGGGUUAAUUCAUAUGAUUGAUAGGAAUAGACAUAUCAAGAAGGCACCGGAAAAAUGGCACGAAAAUGUUUACGCGGGAAAGUUCGAUUUAGUGAUAACUUGUGAGGAGAGGUGUUUUGACUCGGUGUUGGAUGAUUUAAUGGUUAGAAUGGUUCUGAACCCCAUUGCUGAUAAUGAAGUGAGAAAGGCAGUUCAUGUAAUUAAUGUAGAUAUCAAGGAUGAUAACGAAAAUGCGAUAAUAGGUGGUAGGGGGAUCUUAAAAUUGGUUAAAAUGAUUCAUGAAUUUAGGAGAGAGGAGAUGAAGAGGUUGAAAGAAGUUAAUGGUGAUAAAUAUGUGGGGGAGCAUGACAUAAUAUUAGAAGAUAACAUAAUGAAGAUCUUGGUUAAUUGGCAAAAGGAUCAUACUCAUUUGCAAACAUUGUAUGGGGUGUCUUAUUAUUAG